AUAAAUUUAUGAUAUUACAAAAUAGCUAUACGUCUGUAAAAGAGGACACGCAAUGUGCUUAGUUCGUAUGACAUUAAAAAAUUAAUGAAACAAAAAAAAAACCAAAGUGCAAAAGUUAAGUCGAUUGUGAAAUUACAGCUGUGAAGGCAAGAUCUAUUGGAUAUUAAUUAGUGAUAAUUAAAAGUAAAUUAGGCCAGUCUGCAAACACACAAAAACAAAAUGGCAUUCCGCUCCGACAUUGAUCUCUCAAAACUACACAAAAACAAAUUAGAUCAAGAAAUGUCUUAUGGCUUAUCAUGGCAUUAUAAUCGAAUGUUACUCUCACAACAAAAUAGUCUCGAAAGGAGCCAAAAGAAUAAUGACAAUAAUAAUAAUUUGUAUACCAAAGCUACGGAACUAAAUGACGAUCUUUUCAAUUGUCUUAUGCCACAUCGUGGAAAAUCGGGAACUUGGCCGAGAACGAGAAGCUUAAAUGCUCCAUCUCCGGUCCAGCAAUUCGGACCAUGUGGACGAAUAAUGAAAAAUUCAGCUAUGGUUAUGCAAAUUCAGGAUCCAGCCAGUCAACGAUUAACGUGGUAUAAGCCACCUCUAGCUGUAUUGGUGAUUAAGAAAGUGAGAGAUUCGACAGUUUUAUCACCGUUUGUUCAGCUUGUUGAAUGGCUGAUUCAAGAGAAGCAUAUGGUUGUAUGGGUCGAGUCUGCAGUUCUAGACGAUCCACUUUUAAUUCAGGAUAAAAAAUUCCAGAACAUUAAAGACAAGUGUGUUACUUUUAAGGAUGGAAGAGACGAUUUAACAGAUCGAAUCGAUUUUAUUAUUUGUUUGGGAGGCGACGGAACGUUACUGUAUGCAUCACUGCUAUUUCAGCAAUCAGUUCCUCCUGUUAUGGCUUUUCAUUUAGGGUCAUUAGGAUUUUUGACACCAUUCCAAUUUCAAAAUUUUCAAGAUCAAGUUACAAAUGUACUUGAAGGACAUGCAGCGUUGACGUUACGUAGUCGAUUACGUUGCAUCAUUGUGAGAAAGAAUUACAAAGAUCAUAAAAAUGACUCUGAUAGAAAUGACUUGGCGGAAUGCGAUAGUAGUGGUGUAAAUAGUAUUAAUAAUAGCAAUGCAUUGCCGUCAACAAAUAUUCUCGUGCUCAAUGAGGUUGUUAUUGAUCGUGGACCAUCACCUUAUUUAAGCAAUAUUGACUUGUUUUUGGAUGGACGGCAUAUAACAUCAGUUCAGGGCGAUGGGCUAAUCGUUUCAUCCCCAAGUGGAAGUACAGCUUAUGCGUUAGCAGCUGGUGCUUCAAUGGUUCAUCCAAGUGUGCCUGCAAUCAUGAUUACUCCCAUAUGUCCUCAUUCUCUCAGCUUUCGCCCAAUUGUUGUUCCUGCGGGCGUUGAAUUGAAAAUAUCCAUUUCACCGGAUAGUCGAAAUACGUCUUGGGUGUCUUUUGACGGAAGGAAUCGUCAGGAACUGCUUCAUGGUGAUAGUCUCCGAGUGACAACAUCAAUCUAUCCAGUACCAAGUAUUUGCUCUCAAGAUCAGAUUUCUGAUUGGUUUGACUCUCUUGCUGAAUGCUUACAUUGGAAUGUCAGGAAACGCCAAAAGUGUUUAGAUGAACUCAGUGAUCUUACAGGCAGCGGCAGUGAAGAUACGUUAGACGAAUUGGAUAGUGUUAAUCAAAUCUAAUUUACAGUUGUUAUUUUAAAACAAAUUAUUAAUUACUUUAUGACUAUGAUAAUAAUUUUAAAAAUGGGACAUUCUAUCUUUCCUCCUCUGCUGUUGGGUUCACUAAACAUUUUUUUUACUAUAUUUGCAAUCAUAUGAAAUAAGUUCACUUAGACAUAAACUGUAAAAUUAAUCGUUUUUGUAUAUUUUUAAUAAAAAAAACUUUGCCAAGUAUUAUGUUUUUAACCCCCCCCCCC